CAAAGCAACUGUAGUUAAAUUAUUCAGUAAGUAAUUCUCAAAGUUUCCAUGGCGCUCAUCUAUCACGAUGUUACCAUUGAGACACCUAUUGACCUAGUGUUGACUGCACUAACUGAACUCGGACAAGGCGUCACGUUUCAAAAGCUGGGCUACUAUUUUGGUGCUCGAAGCGGAUUUCCCGCCAAUGCAUGCAACACGAUCGUCAAGGAUGCUCUCGAAAGUUGCCUGAAAUGUAAGGUGAUUAUAAAAGUACGAUCACGUUACUAUAUCACUCCGCAACGUCAGCCGCCCAAGCCGAGGAGGGCAACUGGGAAAAGCGGUGCUAGCAGAAACAAGGUGAAAUACGCGAAGCCCAAAAAAUACCAGAAACCCAAAAUUAGACGAAACGAACCAAAGCCAACAUCAGGCUGAUAUAAUUAAUUCAUAAUUCUAUGAGUAUCAGCUGGAGUGUGCCGGGAGUGCAGCACAAACACUUUAUUAAAAUUAAAAUUUAUCUAAAUUGCGGCGGCAAGCCAUUUUGCCCGCAAAGUACUUAAA